AUGACUACAAAGAUUUUGAAAGAAAAUUCAAAUAAAAAUUCGCUCGACGACAACGCCAUCUGUAUCGAUAAACCAAUGGAAUGGCCGACCGGGAAAAGAAGCCAUUUCAAAUUUCACGAAGAAACUGAAGCUGCUAUGAAUAAACAAAUAAAUGCUGAAUUUAAAGCUUUUUAUUAUUACUUAUCUAUGACGUACACGAGAAAGGCCGCAUAUUUUGGGCGCGUAGACGUUGCAUUGCCAGGUUGCGAAUCAUUUUUUAUGCAAAUGCAUCAAGAAGAGCACGAACAUGCUUUGCAAUUUAUCGAUUAUGUUAAAAUGCGUGGCGGCCAAAUAGAAUUGUGUCCUAUUUUACCACCAGUUGAUCCUGAUUGGAAGUGCCCCCUUCGUGCAUUUAAAACUGCCCUGGGGCUUGAGUUAGAAGUCAGUGAAAAAUUGGUCAAUGUAAACGCAACAGCUGAAAAACAUGGUGAUUUAAAUGCAAGUGAUUUCAUUGUCACAGGUUUUAUGGAAAAUCAAAUGAAAAGUGUCAAUGAAAUGGCAAGAUUCGUAACAAUUUUAUCAGGCAUAGGGGAUCAAUCAUUGGCACGUUUUAUAUUUGAUAAAGAUUUACUCGAUAAUCAUGUAUUGUCCGAAUUUAACAUUUUUAAGAAAAGACCACAUUCAAAGAUAGAUCGAAAAUAAAAGAUUACAGUUGUUUAUCUUUGAUAACAUUUUGUUACGUAGCCAUUUAUAACCUAUGUACACUUGUAAUAUAA